ACACCGUGCCGCUCAAAGUGUCGCCUGUGUCGCCCAUCCAUUUCCGCAUGAAGCCGAUUUGUGUUUUGACAUAAAUAUUAUUCAACAUUAUAUGGAUUUAGUUGUUUAAUUUACUAAAUUUGUUUUGUUCAAAGUUAGUUUUCUUUCAAGACAAUCGAAAUGACUUGGGGUUUUGUAACAUGCGGGCCUAACGAGGCGCUUGUUGUCUCCGGAUGCUGUUACUCAAAACCACUACUGGUGCCGGGUGGGCGAGCAUUCGUCUGGCCGGCGAUACAGAGUGUGCAACGAAUCUCCUUGAACACCAUGACCUUACAGGUGGAAUCCCCAACUGUUUAUACCAGUCAGGGUGUUCCUAUAUCUGUGACAGGCAUAGCACAGGUCAAAAUUCAAGGUCAAAAUGCUGAGAUGCUGCUCUCUGCGUGCGAGCAGUUCCUUGGCAAGAGUGAGCAAGAGAUCCAACAUAUAGCCUUGGUGACCCUUGAAGGUCAUCAGCGUGCUAUCAUGGGCUCCAUGACGGUUGAAGAGAUAUAUAAAGACAGAAAGAUCUUUUCUAAAAAGGUGUUUGAAGUGGCUUCAAGUGACCUCAUCAACAUGGGUAUCACGGUUGUGUCUUAUACGCUGAAAGACAUCAGAGAUGAGGAGGGGUAUCUGAAAGCGCUUGGUAUGGCGCGUACAGCAGAAGUAAAGCGUGAUGCUCGCAUUGGUGAGGCCGAGGCACAAGCAGAAGCCAAGAUAAAGGAAGCUAUGGCUGAGGAACAACGCAUGGCUGCCAGGUUCCUCAACGAUACUGAAAUCGCUAAGGCUCAGAGAGAUUUCGAAUUGAAGAAAGCCGCUUACGAUGUUGAAGUUCAAACAAAGAAGGCUGAAGCAGAAAUGGCCUACGAGCUCCAAGCGGCUAAAACGAAGCAACGCAUCAAGGAAGAACAAAUGCAAAUCUCUGUUGUUGAACGUACUCAGGAAAUUGCUGUACAGAAAUGGGAAGUACAGCGAAAAGAAAAGGAAUUAGACGCAACUGUGCGCAGGCCUGCAGAAGCAGAAAAGUUCAAGCUGGAGAAACUAGCUGAGGCUCACAAGCUAAAAACUGUUCUUGAGGCUGAGGCGGAAGCCGAGGCUGUGAAAGUCCGUGGAGAGGCGGAGGCAUAUGCUAUCAAGGCGAAGGCGAUCGCUGAUGCGGAACAAAUGGCUAAGAAAGCGGAGGCGUGGAAAGAGUAUGGCUCAGCUGCCAUGGUUGACAUGAUGCUCGAGACUUUACCUAAGGUGGCUGCCGAGGUAGCUGCUCCGUUAUCACAAGCCCGUAAAGUCACGAUGGUCUCCUGCGGCGGCGGUGAGGUCGGCGCUGCCAAACUCACCGGAGAAGUCCUCAAUAUCGUACAAUGUAUCCCCGAACUUGUCAAGGGAGUCACCGGAGUCGACAUCUCCAAGGCUGUCGUGGAACCGCCAACGUUACCGACGCCGACCGCCCGCGGCGACUCUGCGAGAAAGCAGCGAUAACUGCCGAACUUGUACUAGACAUCUACUUAAUGCUCAUACAAGGGUGUUCGCGCACUUUAAAAGCUGCUUGCUACAUAAUUAUACCUACCUACCUGCGUUUAUUUUUAUUUAACUACUUAUGAUAAUAUAAUAAGAAGAUAAUAUAUAAGCGAUUAUUUUUAUUCGACCUAAGUGCCACUUUUGGAAUAUUCUCCUAAAAAUAUACCAAAGCAAAAUUAUUAAAUCAUAUUUAACUUUCAUACUAAGAUUUGUUGUACUGUGGUCAAGAUUUUUAACUUUCUUAGGAGGAAAGGAUUAUUGUCAAUGUAGAGUACCUAUCUGCCUACUCCAUACAGCUCUAUACAACAUAUUUAUAGUUUCUUUUUUAAAUUAUCGUGGGUGCGUUUACAUACGUACAAUUGCACAUACAUAUGACACCAAGACCCGAAACAACAAUUUGUGUAUCACACAACUGUGCAGUCACAAAAGUACAAUUGAAUUGAGAAGUCUGAAAAAUAGAUCAAUCCUAAAUCUCUCGAAUAUUGCAACUAGGUGUGAUAAAGUUCAUUAUUUAUAUAUGGUAAUAUUAUUAUUUUGAAGAGUUAAUUGAAGCUGGCCGCGGCUUUAUACUAUGAAGAGUAUGAAGUUCGAAUUCUGAGCAAUAACGGGUGUAUGGAGUGGGAGUUGGGUGCUAGAUUGGUCGGAUAUUGUUAUUUUUUCACGGAUUAAUCAAAAUGUGAAACACACACAGUACGUUGCACUAAGCCGCCAGUCGGCCACUCACAUUAUUAUUCAUUGUUUACUGUAACUGUGGUUUUACGUCAUAACUGACUUUUGUGCUUAUCCGAUAGCGAUAAGUCAUGGUCUUAGUUUUUUUGUAUCCAAUUUUUGCACAGUUGCCUUAAACUGGCAAUCCGUUUUCUAUUUAUUUAAUAUGUGCAUUUAUGUCAUUAUGAGUCAACACCAUACAAGCAGUGAUGAAGUGAUUACCAUCAUAGGUCUGAUGCACGAAGUCGCGGCGCGUACUUUACUGUGCACAGUCGGGCGUUACAAUGUUUGUCAUCUAUUUAUGGAUAUCUAAAUAUUAAUAAAAUAUUGAUAUGUCUUGAAGUAGAUACGUGACAAUAUAGCACAACUCACCGGAAUAAGAUAUAUUUUAAUUCCGUUUUAGUAGGCAUACUAAACAAGAAAAUUAACGUAAACAAAAAAUAACAAUUUAUGACCAAAACGCCUACUUAUAUUCUGAAGGUAGAAAGAUACAAAAAUGACUGUUAUACAAAAAUGAUACCUAUAUUUUUUUAAUUAGCUAAACUGUCGUUAGGGUAUAUGGAAAUAUUUGGUGUUCAAAAAGUGCAGUUUAGAAAUUCUAUAGUUAUUGUAAUAAUUAACAUCGUUCGUAGACAUUAUUGAUGUCCUUUUCUAAAAACGUUUACUGCCUACGUAGGUAGUUUUUCACUUAUUUGUAUGAAAGUUAAUAUUUAAAAUCAAUCCGUUUAUUAUCCGUUUCGGUAUAACUAGUCAAUUUUUCUGAUCCAUAAUGUUAAAUUGUUAUAUUUGCGUGUACAUACUGUUUGAUCUAUUAUUUAGUUUCUACCUUGUAACCUUCUAUAUAUUUAGAGCUAUGAUAAGAUUAUAGUUCUUUCGUAUUUACUCAUUAAUAAAAUGAAAAAUGUACGUUCGGUUUUAAUAGCUUCAAUUUUAAAAUCAUUGUAUAAGAUUAACCAGUUUGAUACAGCAUAAAAUAAUGUAUCUGCCUUCCCGUUUUGACUUGUGUAUGUAAUGUGUGAGGCGAUGCUGAAUCUCUUUUUCUUAGUUACGAAUAAGAUUGCAGUGUUUUCCUUUAAACUUUCCAUUUUUGUAAUAUAUUUUCAGAAAGAUUUAGUUACUAGUGUACCUGUGUCACACUCAGAUCACUAGUUGUGAUGGAUAUUCUCUUACCUCUGUCGACAUUGUCUUAUAUGUAAUUUUUUACUUACAUAUUUGAUAUUAAUAAUGGUUAUAAGUAAUUUACGAAUUUUUAACGUCAACCACCGUCUUGGCUUUGAGUGCCAUACUAGAUUAUUUCAAGGUUAAUUUUAUAUUUUAUAACAAAGUUUAUUUAGUAUUAAGAGGAACGGUAAGAGCAUUUUUCUUUUGUAAACACUUUUGAAUAGAAUAUUUUGUAAUUUGUAAUAAAUUUAUAUCAGCACAACUAACUUAGAUUAUUAUUUUGGAUGUAAUGAAUUUGUUUUCACCGAUUUUUGAAACGGAACAUGUAAUUAUUUUAAGUACAUAAUAAUUAAUAUAUUUUCACCACUAUUUUAUAGGUGGUACCAAUUGUGAUUUCAAUUUGUAUUAUUAUUUAUGUUUGAGGAAAGAAGCAGUCUUUAGGUUUUGCACUCGUUUGGCUUGGAACAUUAUGUAAACGUCAAGUCACAACUUUCUUUUAUCAUGUUGCGCUACUUAUUGCAUUGCGCAACCACGAAUUUCGAUUGCGUCCAAAAUUGAUGCCGUUUUGAUUCUAGUUUGCAUAAAUAAAGUCGCUUUCAUUUGCAUAAGUGUGUACCUAAAGUAUAAUUUAGCUGGCUAAGCACAAUGCUUCGUGUCAUAUGAAGUCAUAAAAUUUUGUGUCUAAAAUGGAAGUGCUCGCACUCGAAAGUCUCAAACAAGAACUAAAAUUCAUAGAGCUAUUAAUAGUGUUUCUGUCACUAUGCAACGCCUUUAAGGUGACUGAAUUAGCGUCACAAAAUUACAUCACAAAACAUGGUUGCGUGUGAGAAUUCGGACGCGAGUACGGCACAAUUUAUUAAUUACGUUCUGUGUGGCUCACAUUUUUAACAUGUAUGUAUGUGUAUUGACGUGGUUUUUAUUAAUGUAUAUUCAUUAAAAAAUGUAUACAAA